AUGGAUGGUGAGCAUGAUGGUUGGUUAACAAAUGGAAUGCCACCAGGACCUUUCCCAUUACCAGUAUUAGGAAACCUACACCAACUUGGUAAAAUGCCACAUAAAGCUUUGAAAAAGUUUUCCGAAAAAUAUGGUGGUCUCACUACUAUUUUUUUAGGAAGUGUUCCAACUGUUUUAGUUAGUGAUCCAGUAAUCCUAAAGGAAUUGAUUAUUACCAAAUCAGAACAAAUUAUUGAUAGAUAUAAUUCUGAUUCUGCACAAAUCAUUGGACAGGAAAAGAAUUUAUUAUUUGCUAAAGGUCCAUAUUGGAAGAAAUAUAGAAAAUUAUUCACUGGUGCAAUGACCAAAGCGAGAACUCAUAAUAUUGCCUCUAGAAUUGAACAACAAGCUAUUAAUUUGAAUAAUUUUUUCGGAAAUUAUGCCGCCUCUGGACAACCAUUAAACCCACACGAUUAUAUCAGAAGAUAUAGUUUGAAUGGUGUUAUCGAUUAUUCAUUCAGUGAUUUCGUCGAGUAUGAAUCGGAAACCGACCAUAUUGUUAUCAAGGCAGCUGAGAUUAUGGAGGAAAUUCUUGCAACUGGUAAUCCACACGAUUACAUUCCUUUCCUCAAACCAUUCUACACUGCCAAGAGAGAGGCACUGGGUAAUGCUGUCGGACAAGUCUGGACAUAUUGUGAAGAAGCUAUCAAUAUCCAUCGUAAGUCACUAAACGAAGAGAAACCAAGAGAUUUGCUUGACCUUCUCUUGAUGGAAUGGGAUAAAUCCGACGAAAAGGAUUUCUAUGAGGACGAUGGUCUUGCCAAAUGUCUAACCGAUUUGAUUGUUGCUGGUCACGAGACUGUUGCCAUUACCUUGGGUUGGUUAAUCAUUUUCAUGGUCAACAAUCCAGAGAUGCAAGAAAAAGUCUAUGAAGAGUUAGUCCAAGUAGUUGGAAAAGGUAAUCAUCCAACUCUUCACCAUAGAAAUUCGACCACCUAUUUGAAUGCAGUUCUAAAGGAGACUUUGAGAAUUCGUACCGCCGCACCACUUGCACUACCAAGAUCCGCCGUUGAAGAUAUCGAGAUAGGAGGAUAUACGAUUCCAAAGGGAACUCAGGUGCUUAUGGCUGUCUAUGGUUUGGCAAUGGACGAUAAUCACUGGGAUUCACCAGAGGAAUUCAAUCCAGAUCGUUGGAUUAAGGAAACCUCCUCUUCUGACUACACAUAUAUUCCAUUCGGUCUUGGACCAAGAAUGUGUGUCGGUAUGGGUGUUGCCAAGGAUGAACUUUACUAUGCUGCUUCACAGAUGUUGAUUAACUUCAAAUGGACAAGUUGCGAUGGCAAACCAUUGGAUGACGAAGGUGUAUCUAGAAUUGCACUUGAAUAUAAACAAUAUCAAAUCAAAGUAUCAAAGAGAUAA